UAGGCCAUGAGUAUUGACUGUCUAUUGAAUAAACCGGUUGGAUUGCCUUUGUACGGACGCAUUUGGUUUCGCAAGAAAGUUAUAAAUUCUCACUUCGUUCAUUCUGAUUAUCAUUCGCAGCAACCAAGAGUAAUAUUACAACGGUUUACUAAGACAUCUUGAAUAAGCAGAUCAAUCAUGGCAACACAAAAACGAAUUUUAGUGACAGGCGGAUCCGGUCUUGUUGGGCAAGGAAUCAAAGCGGCCUCAGAAGCAGACAAAAGAUCUGAUGAAGAAUUUAUUUAUCUCUGCUCCAAAGAUGCCGACCUCACCGACCGCGAGGCAACGAAGGCUGUGUUCAAGAAACACCAGCCAACCCACGUGAUCCACCUGGCUGCCAAAGUCGGUGGUCUCUAUGGCAACAUGAGAGCCAAUCUCCAAUUUUUCAGAAUCAACUCUGCAAUCAACGACAAUAUUCUUUCCGUUGCACAAGAGAUGGGAGUGAAAAAGGUUGUCUCGUGUUUGUCAACUUGUAUCUUUCCCAAUGAAACAACCUAUCCCAUCGACGAAACCAUGAUACACAAUGGCCCACCCCACGAUUCCAACUAUGGAUACUCGUACGCUAAACGUAUGAUUGACGUAAUGAACAAGGGGUUCAACCAGCAGUAUGACACCGAGUUCACCGCUGUUGUUCCCACGAAUGUGUUUGGACCUUUCGACAACUUCAAUUUGGAAGAGGGCCACGUCAUGCCUGGUCUCAUCCACAAGGUCUACAAGUGCAAGGAAAACAACACUCCUCUUACAGUGUGGGGGACAGGAAGAGCAAGACGACAGUUUAUUUAUUCCAAGGAUCUCGGGCGCCUGUUUCUUUGGGUGUUGCGAGAGUACAAAGAGACGGAACCAAUUAUUCUAUCUGUUGGCGAAGAGGAUGAAAUUUCCAUCAAAGAAGCUGCUGAGUUUGUAGCUAAAGGUUUCGACUUUAAAGGGGAUUUUGUCUAUGACACUACUCGAUCGGACGGUCAAUACAAAAAGACAGCAAGCAAUGCCAAACUUCGAAAGUAUCUGCCAGACUUUAAAUUCACCCCAAUGGACCAAGCAAUUCGGGAAACAUGCGAAUGGUUUACUGCCAACUACAGCACUGCAAGGAUUUAAACGAACUUAAUCAUUUCUUUGGACCUAGCAAUAAACAAACGCUUACCAAAUUUUACCGUUAUAUAUUCUUUAAACACGUUUGUUUUUACUGCCUUAUAAUUCGAUUGUUCAUUUGUGUUUUGGUUCUAAAGCGGAAAUUUAAUACCAAAAUAAACCAAUUCUUUGAA